AUGCACAUGAUUUCAGGCUGCAGCGCUCCUCUGGAGCAGAGGAGCUGCUCCCCAGCACCCAUCAAGCCGGGAAGCCCACCUGUCAAACGAGGCGCACCUUUGCGGCCUCUUCCUGCCUUCAAGUCCUCUCUCGAGCUCCCCUCACCGGCCAAGCCCCCGCGAUGGCUCCUGCUCGCUGCUUGCCUGAGAGGUGGUCACGGAAGGCUGCGCCACUCGGGAAGCACCUUUCGCACCUGCGCCCCUCAAGGCUUCCCGACCCUGGCUGUGCUACCUGGCCGCCUGGCAGGGCUGGUCAAGGUGUCUGGAAGGCGCAACGCUCGGAAGGGCAGCCUGAGCAGGCAUGAAGACCUGCCGCGCACCGUGCACAACCUCUCCAUCGUCGGCGGCAACCUGACGGUGCUGCGCGCGGCCGCCUUCGCCGGCGGCUGGGCGGCGGGCGAGGCGGCCCGGCCGCUGCGCAACCUGACGCUGCUGGUGCUCACGCACGACCGCAUCGCCGCGCUGGAGGAGGCGGCCUUCGCCGGGCUGCCGGCGCUGACCACGCUGGACCUGAGCCACAACCCGCUGCGCUCCAUCGCGCCCGGCGCCUUCGCCGCCUGCGCCCGCCUGCGCACGCUGCGGCUCAACCAGGCGCUGCCGGCGCUGCCGCCGCUCGCGGGCCUGCUGGAGGGCGCGCUGCUCAACCUCAGCCUGGCGCGGCUGGAGCUGGCCGGGAACCGCCUGCGCGAGCUGCCGCCCGCCGCCGCGCUGCCGCCGGGCCUGGAGGAGCUGGACGUGCGCAACAACUCGCUGCGGGCGCCGCGGCCCGAGCAGCUGGCCAGCCCGGGGGCGCUGGCGCGGCUGCGGCUCCAGCUGGCCGCCAACCCGCUGCACUGCGAGUGCGCCGCGCUGCGCCCGCUGCUGGAGUGGCUGCGCAACGCCUCGUGGCGCGCGCCGGACGCGCGGGGCCUGCGCUGCGCCUCGCCGCCGCCGCUGCGCGACGCGGCCGUGCUGCGCCUGCGGCCCGAGCAGCUGGACUGCCUCGACGGGACGGGCUGGGGGCCGCUGGAGCCCGACGGCGCCGCCGCGGAGGAGCUGGAGACGGCCUCCUACGUCUUCUUCGGCAUCGUGCUGGCGCUCAUCGGCGUGGUCUUCCUCAUGGUGCUCUAUCUCAACCGCAGGGGCAUGACGCGCUGGCUCAGCAACCUGCGGGAGGCGUGCCGGGACCAGAUGGAGGGCUACCACUACCGCUACGAGCAGGACAGCGACCCGCGCCGCGCCGGCCCCGGCGACCUCUGA